AUGGCCACAUUCACGUAUAACUACAAAAUGUUCAAAUGCUUUAACAGAAAAUACGCUUUCACAGAGCAAGCGCCACCGUUGGAUGUCAAGGAAGUUUUUUCGCAAUUCUCCGAUGGUGGUUCGUUCAUUUCCGCUGAUCAGCUAAGAAGGUUUUUCCUUGAACACCAAGGCGAAACAGAUUGCACCGAAGAUGAUGCCAAAAGGAUCGUUGAAAAUGCGCUGCAGUCGCGGAAAGGGAGUCCGGAAAAAGGUGGCGGAGGUGACGGUGUUUCUGGGAUAGGAGAGGGACUCACUGUUGAAGAAUUCUUUCAGUUUUUGUUGUUUGAUGAAUUCAAUGGUCCUCUCAAAUCACAGGUACAUCAUGAUAUGAAUGCUCCAUUGUCACAUUAUUUCAUAUACACAGGACACAAUUCCUAUCUAACUGGGAAUCAGCUAAGCAGCGAUUGCAGCGAUGUGCCAAUCAUAAAAGCGUUGCAACUAGGCGUCCGAGUAAUUGAACUUGAUUUGUGGCCAAAUUCAGCUAAAGAUGACAUUGAUGUAGUUCAUGGAAGGACACUUACCACUCCUGUCUCACUUCUCCAAUGUUUGAAGUCCAUAAAAGAAUACGCGUUUGUUAAAUCUCGUUACCCUGUCAUUAUAACUUUAGAAGAUCAUCUUACACCAGAUCUUCAAGCUAAAGUUGCAGAGUUGACAACUCAAACAUUUGGAGAUAUGCUGUAUUUACCUCAGACAGAACCUAUGACAAAAUUCCCCUCACCAGAAUCACUAAAAGAUCGAGUUCUUAUAUCGACGAAACCACCCAAGGAAUAUCUUGAUGUCAGACAAUUUAAGGAUACUAGUGACAGUGAAAGGGAAGUUGGUGAAGAAGGAUCGGUGUCACCAGCCCUUAGUUCUGAAGCUGAUGACAAACUUAAUGGAAGCGAUGUUGAUGAAGAAGGUUUCAAUCCUCAUGAUAAAAAACCAGACCAACAGAGUGUGUCACAGUACAAACGUUUGAUUACAAUCCAUGCUGGUAAACCCAAGGGUAAUAUAAGGGACCAUCUAAUUAUGGCUGGUAAUGUUAAGCGCUUGAGCUUGAGUGAAAUGGAACUCGAAAAAGCUUCUCUCACUUAUGGAGCUGAUAUAGUUAGGUUUACACAGAAGAAUAUUAUUAGAGUGUAUCCAAAGGGAACUCGUGUCAACUCCUCAAAUUACAGGCCACAUAUAGGAUGGAUGUAUGGAGCUCAGAUGGUAGCACUUAACAUGCAGGGGCAUGGAAAAUCACUCCGGUAUAUGCAAGGGAUGUUUAGAGCAAAUGGAGGGUCUGGUUAUGUGAAAAAACCUGAGUUUCUUUUGGCAAAAGGUCCGCACAAUGAGUGUUUUGAUCCUAAAAAAACUCUGCCAGCAAAGAAGACAUUGAAGGUGAAAGUGUAUUUGGGACAUGGGUGGAGCUUAGAUUUUAGCAAAACACACUUUGAUACAUUCUCUCCUCCAGACUUUUACACAAAGAUUUGUAUUGUUGGAGUACCCGCCGAUAAAGUCGAUAAGAAGACCAAAAUAAUUCACGACGAUUGGUUUCCUGUUUGGGAUGAGGAGUUUGAUUUUCCUUUGAGUGUUCCAGAGCUUGCUUUGCUUAGUAUAGAAGUUAGAGAGUAUGAUAAGCAUGAAAAGGAUGAUUUUGGUGGACAAAUAUGUUUGCCAGUUCCUGAGCUAAAAUCUGGAUUCAGAUCAGUCCCUAUGUAUGAUAAGAAGGGUGAAAAAUUAAAAUCAGUAAAGCUUUUAAUACGGUUUCAGUUUACAUGA